CACAAGAAAAGGACACACUGACGUUCGUGUGAAUUACAGUACAUUUAAUUAAGCUUUUAACUAUGUUAUAGGUGGAGCAGAAUGCUUUCUCUAUUAAAAAUGCAAAAUAAUUUAUAUUGUGAAAAGUACAAAACAUGAAGAACGUAUCAGCAAGAAUGAUAGUAGUGUAGUUCUGACGUUGGAGGCGCCGCUCUGAUUGCUUUGUGGGAAAAUUAUUUGUCACUGUGUCUUGCUGAUUCAUGCAUAAUUGGAGCCAUAUGAAGUCAUAAAUCAUCUUAGAUAUAGAAACGUUGUCUUAUUUAGGGCUUAUAGUGGAGGGCAUUGUGUCGUUAUCUACUAAUUUCCUCUCUUUCAAAACUUUUCAACCGGUGUUGAAACGCAGAAUUGUAAAAACAUGAACUUGAUGUCUUAAUCUGGAAACAACAAAGAGAUGUUUUCUAAGUCUGACUGUUAGCAUCGAUUCAUUUGGAUAACAAAAAAACAGGUUUCAUCAAGGUGAGGUGAAGAUGGUGGACCGGCUUGCGAACAGCGAGGCCAACUCCAAGCGGAUCGCCGUGGUGGAGAGCUGCUUUGGGGCCGCGGGUCAGCCCCUGGCCAUCCCAGGCCGCGUGCUGAUUGGUGAGGGCGUCCUUACCAAGCUUUGCCGCAAGAAGCCCAAGGCGAGGCAGUUCUUCCUUUUCAACGACAUCCUGGUCUAUGGCAACAUCGUCAUCCAGAAGAAGAAGUACAACAAGCAGCACAUCAUCCCGCUGGAGAGUGUUACCAUUGACACAGUACCAGAUGAGGGCGACCUGCGCAAUGGUUGGCUCAUCAAGACACCCACCAAGUCUUUCGUCGUGUAUGCCGCCACGGCUACCGAGAAGUCCGAGUGGAUGAACCACAUAGGGAAGUGUGUGGACGACUUGCUGCAGAAGAGCGGCAAGUCUCCGACAGACGAGCAUGCGGCUGUAUGGGUGCCAGACUCCGAGGCCACCGUGUGCAUGCGAUGCCGGAAGGUGAAGUUUACGCCGGUCAGCCGCCGCCACCACUGCAGGAAGUGCGGCUAUGUGGUCUGCGGGCCCUGCUCGGAGAAGAAGUACCUCCUGCCCAGCCAGUCAUCCAAACCCGUUCGCGUCUGUGAGUACUGCUACUUGCAGCUGACGUCAGGGAACGUCGCACCGCGCUUGGACUCCAUCAACCGGCCGGGGUCAAAGUUCCACAGCAACAACCUCUCAGACGACGACGACGAAGACGACAGCAGUGACUGAGGACUGCCCCUGCCUCCUGAUGGCCCGCUUCGACUCCGCGUCGAGGAGGAAAUUCUCUGCUGAUGAUUUUCUCAUUUCAUUUCUUUUUUUGUUUUUAUCCCAGAUGAUUGAAUCAUGGACCACUGCGGACAGGAAUUCCACCUGAGGAUUUAAUUCAUUAAUUUGUCUUGGAGUUCCAUCUACAAACCAAAAUAUUUUUCCUCUAAUGUCAGAAGGGAUAGAUAUUAUCCUGAACAUGGUGGUCAGUCAAUUAUGGAAUUAACUGGGUGACCAGCAGAACUCUGGGAAAAAGUCUGACUGUUCACCACAGCCGCUCAGUCCGCCCUUCUCCUCUGCCUCUUAAUUAGGCUGCCGUUCGUCACUACAGAAAACAAAGGUGCUAAUGAGAAACCUCUGCUCUGUCCUCUUCUUAAGUUAAUUUUUUUUCUGUUGAUGAACUAACCCAAAGUGAUUACAUGUCAUUUCUGCAGGGAAAAGCAAAUGUUUGGGCUUUAGCCUCUAUCUCCUCUGUUCUUCAGGUAUUAAAUCAAAUAAGACUUUAUUGUAAUGUUAUUCUGGCAUAUUUCUGCCCUAUUUUAUAAACUGUCACCAGCUAAAUGUAAAAGUUCCCCUUUAUGAAUAGCAAAAUGUAGAUAUUACUCUAAAUGCAGGGCUUUUUUAGCGGGUAAUAUAAUUGCUCCCGACCAAUCAACUAAGCUUGUCCGUAACUGUAAAUGCUUAGCAGCUGCCCCAAAAAUGAACUUCUGCCUUUAGCAUCACGUAGUGCCUUGUAGAAAAUUGAGCUCAGCCUUCAGACAGAAAAAGGUUAUGAGUUAAUGAAACCAGACUGCAAAAAAACAGGAACUUCAUGAUAGGUUGACUCUGAAACACAUUAGGCUGGAUGGAGUUUAGUGUGUGUGUUAGCAGCCGAAAGACAGGAAGGGUUCGGUUUGGACUCUUCCUGGAAACCCAACCUUCAAAGGUUCUCCAGUUUAGCUGCUAAUCAUUUGUCUACCAUGGUCUACCUUGUGUUUCCAUAAGUUCUUACGAUGCAGUUGAUUCAACUCUUAGUCAGGAUGUGGCUUAGAAAUGGUUAAUUUUGACGUGCUUCCUUGCUUGUGCUUCUGUGCAGUUCCUGUCUGAACACAUGCCCUGCGUUCUUGGUUGGCACAUUUUCUGUGUCUCAAACAAGACGUGGCGUUGCACCCUCUUGACAACCGUAGGAGUACUUUUCUCGGAUUUAGCAUUGCGUCAUGCAUGACGUUCAGUGGUAACUAAAGACAAAAAGUGGCAGAGGCGAUGCUUAAAGGUGUGAGUCAUGAAGUUGUCAAAGAAGGAAAAGGCAGCGGUGAGGAGGGUGUGACGUUUUCUUACACCUGGUGUGACCAGUGUUAAAGAUUUACUGGACCAUUUUAACGUAUCAUUUGUUUUUGAAUUAAAUGACCCGAUGAUAUAUAGAAUAAUCUAAUGCCUCACAGAUGAUAGAGAGCAGCCAUGUUUGUGUAGAAAGUCUUUAACACUCAGCUGAUACCUCCAGUGAUUGAUAUGAAAUGCAGUGAUGAGGAAGUGUCAGGGCCUGUUGUGAGCUUUCCUUUGCAGUCACACUGUGACUGUGUGUUGCACUAUAGUGUGUGGACUAAUUCCUCUCCCUUCAGUAGCUGAGCUGAUGUCCUGGAAUGAAAGUUAUGAAAUCAGCAAACUGUCUUCCUGUCAGUAACUCUUCACUGUGCUGCUCCGAGGUCAGAGAACCGCUCUGUGUCGCAAAACAAACGCACCUCCUCUGAACUCCACUCCUCUGCCGACACAAGCUAACAAGGCUGUCCUCUCCUCCCUCCUUCCCAGUGUCCUUCCUUCCUCUGUCACCAGCAGAGCUUUGCUAUGGAAAGCACAGUCUGACGAUCAUGUGACACCCUGUGAACCCAGUCAUGUGAUCAGUCAGUGAACCAGGAACUGAGAAAGGCUGCUCAAGGGGAUGUUGUGACAAACUACCUGCCGCAGCCUGUAGAGAAUUCAGACUCUCACAUACAUUCAUACCAUGGGUUUCAGCCAGAGUUUCUCUUCCUGGUGAGUCCUCUGAAGAGUUUCAUUCCUCUAACCGGCAGUUUUCAAAAAAUAAAACAGACUCUUCCCACAUUUAUAUAUUCCUGUAUGUUUCAAAAAAGUUGUAAAAGUCAGAAGGGAUCAUUUCAGGACCCAGAUAUUUUAAAAGAUAUUUUAAAAAUAAAGCCGUAAUCCUUUAGUGAACACCUUAAAAGCCAGAUAAGUUCCUAUGAUCACGUUCUGUCACAGUUUUAAUUUUUCCCUGCAAAGAGGUCUCCAUGUGCGUAUUCAUUUUUAACAUUUUUAACCUCCUCUGGGGAAAGCUAACAGCAGGAUUACCCGAAUGUGUGUGAUUUUAAUUGGUUACAGUUGGAUAUGUUUGAUAAUAUCGUCUAACCAACGACUGGACUUGACACUUUUGUCCGAACCAUUUGCAAUGCAAAGCAGCGGCAGUCGUCUGCCAGCGUAGAAACAGGCGGCGUGGUCGUUCCUGUUGCACGGAAAACAACAGACUUAUAAAUGUGCAGCUUGAGGCCACUGUAGACGGCUGUAUCGAUCCCACUGAAGUGCAUCUGUUCAGCCAGACAAGCAUGAGAUGGAAAAAUACAACAGAAACACCUCCUCUGCUUGUUACACCCGACACCGUCAGAACAGACUCGCGGUGUUGGACCUCAUCAGGCAGACGGGGAGAGAACUGUGAACACGGCUGCUCAUUAAGUUGCAGAACAUUGUGGUGCUGCUUUUUGCCUCCAUUAUGGACCGGGUCAGACCCGUCCUCUGUCUGUUUAAAAAGACUACACAGGUUUUGGGAAUGAAACUCCUCAGAGAUGGCAUAAAAUGGUGAAAAAAAAAGAAAAAAAAAAGUAAUAUGUAAUAAACCUAUCUGAGAGUCUUGAGUUUGGAAACUGAAAUGAUGGAAGGUUUAAUUUUACCUUUAUCUGAGCUCAAAUAGGGAAUAAAAUGUGUUUAUGAAUAAUAAUAAAGAAUAAAUGUGUUAGCUGCUUCUGAACUUUUUACAAGUGACUACAUUUGGAGUGCAAACGGAGCAUUAUCUUUCAACACAGUGAGUUAUUUGCAUGUUUGAAGAGGUUAGGGCAUCAUGAGCAACGCCUCAUUUAAGCUGCAACUCACCAAGCCGCAGAACAGGAAGAAGAAAGGGAUCCUUUUAUUCACACGUCUUUAGAGUUUUACAGAUUUUAUGUUAUUUGCAGUUUGUGUUUCUGUUGCUAUAAUAAAGGCAACCUGCGUGAUUAGACAAAAUCAAAUGCUAAUGAUCACUAACCAGCUGUCCUUUAUACUGUGGCUGGGGUUUUGAUGGGGGAGGCGACUCCACCGUCAGACCUAGGAGCACAAAGUCCAGCCUCAGGUUUGCUGUGGAUUGCACUUAACAAAGUCUGCACAUGGACUCUGAUCCAGGUUAUUACCACAUACUGUCGGAUCCACAGUGACUCUGUUGGAUGUUUUAAAACGAAUCUUCAUGUUGUUUUAAUCCUGUUGAUUUUUUUUUUUUUUUGUACAUUUGUACAGAUUUGUUUUGGGUUAUUGUAUUUCUUUUGUUGUUGUAUAGUUCUGAUCCGUUGUGGAAUGACGCUGUCUCAGCUCUCCUCUUCCUCUCAGUCACACCAGUAGGAUCUGCAGCCCUUUCACUGUCACAAAACCGGAGGGAAAUAGUCACAGUGGCAGGUUGAUUCUGACAUUCACCAGCCAACCAUGUAGACGUGUUCCUGAGGGAGGUCAGAGGUCAGCAGCAGUAGCUGGCAGAUAUUCUGUGAUUAAAGACACUUCAGGAACCUUGUCUAGAGCAUGAGUCCUGGUUUUAAAGCAGGGCAGGGGAACAGACACGUCUCACUGACUCGGCUAAUUUCUCUCAAAGAGCAAACAUUUCUUGCCAGCGUCAUUUCUAAUGUGAAAGGCAAACACGGUGGGAAGUGUCGUCACCGCACAUGAUUUGGCAGACAGAGAUAUUUUUCUGUAUUUAAAAUAAAUCCAUCCACAGUCCCAUUCAAAUUGACUCUAUUUCAAACAACCGUCCUCCCCUGACACUAAUGAGUGGAAAUGAAACGAAAAUAUCUCCGUUUCUCCAAACCAGCCGGAGUGUCUAUAAAUGGUUUAUUUCUUCUCUCUGCUGGUGUUGGUACUUAAUUCUCCUUCCUGAGCAGAACUUCUGUCUUUUAAAUACAGCUGUGUGUGUGUGUGUUGAUGGUGUGAGCAGCACGGAGGCUCUGUCAUGUCUGAUUGUUUUCUGAUUGUGUCCGUGAGGCUUUGAUUAGGAGAAGGACGCGUGUAAGCGAAUGAAUAACCAAUGUAGAGGUUACCAAGUAAUUACUUACUGGGAGGGUUUUGUACGCAACGCAUAAGUGGAAGGUCACCUUAAGAAAAGAUAAGCUUAGCAGUGGCUGAAAGAGUAAUGCUGAUGUUCAUUUGUGUGAACACAAAUCAACACACACACACACACACACACACACACACACACACACAGGUCUGUCACAGCUUUUUAGGUAGGAUGAUGUGUAACAGAAAAGUCCGGCUCAGGUUGCUCACAGUGUGACGAUGUCUUCAGGUGUGACUUUAUCAUGGAAGAAAAAGGUGCAGAUCCUGAGGUCUAAAGGCUUAGGAGACAGCCUGAGACAGCUGAACGAGAGAUCAUGUGUCGCUGAGUUCAGUGUUGAUGUGCGAGCUGCUCACUUGUCGUCUUGUGGACUUUCAGUGUUCUCUCUUGGUUGCUACUUGAUGGUUUCAUUUUCUUUUUCCCUCCCUAGUUCUUGUUUCAGUUUUUUGGGUCAUUUUAAUUUUUUUAAGCUUCUUAAAAGGGCUUCAAUCAGAAUGUAACCCUGCAUAUCAAUACUAAUUCCUUCAGAAAUCUUUAAGUGUAUAUUAUAUAUAAAUAAUGUAUUGCUUAAAGUCA